AUGAAAGACCUGAGACUCAUGCAGCAUUUUCUCCGACGAACAUGCAAUCAGAUGAGCUUUGACCAUAAGCGAAUACUGGUCUGGCAACAGGUUAUUCCGGAUUUGGCAGCGAAGGAAGGGUUUUUGAUGCAUCUGCUCCUCGCAUUGGCGGGUAUGCAUCUUCUGCUAGACCGGUUACCCACGGGGGAAAGUAAUAAAGAGGCCAGUGUUGAUGAAUACCCGGAAGCAGACCCCAUCAAACUUUCUGAUAUUGUCGAACAUCACCAGAAAGGCCUACAAGGACUUAGUGCGGCAUUGACGACUUUGUCACCCGUCACGGCGGAAUUUAUAUGCUGCGGUUCGACCCUGCUUGUCGGCUUUGCCUUUGCUUCAUUAAGGGUCCGGAAUCUAGACGGGUUCGGGCAACCGCAUGAGCAAACGGAUAAUGGAUGCUUACAGUUGGAUUGGCUCCAUUUGAUCCGUGGCUUAACAAGUAUCAUAACCCAGCAAUGGCCUACUUUGAAGACGGGCAGAUUACGCUCUCUACUAUACUACCGCCAUGCGAAUCAUGACUGGAAGGGUAUUGCGCCUUCAUCUCCAACCCGGUUUUUCCCUCGUCUGAAGCAUUGCUCACAGCGGCUGUCAAGGUUCGUUUACGGUGCUAGCACAGCACUCGCAGCUCUUCGCGACUUCAUGGACUCCUUGAAAUCGCUAUACGGUACACGAAGCGAGAGCAGUACUAGUGCCACUCCGAGCUCCCAACUCUCGCCAACUGAUUAUCUCUAUCCUUACGAUGAGCUUUUCCGCGCCCAAGACGCCGCCAUCGACAUCCUUGAAGACAUGUAUAUGCGCAUCUUACAUAUCCUAGAAUUCACGAUAAGUGAGCGGGGCAUCCCCGUCCAUCUAGAUAUGCAGGCAGACCUUGAAGACACAGCUGUUGCUUCUUGGCCUAAUCUACUGUCGAACACUUUUCUUGCUUCCCUCAAUGUCGAUGGGGAGAUGGGAAUCGGGUCGGUUGAAGGAGGGUCCUAUGCGAUCCUUGCUCAUUUUUAUCUAAUCUUUACUCUCUAUGAGGAUUUUUGGUAUCUCAAGGGCUCUUUUGAGAGGGAGAUUGCGGUUAUUGAUGGUCUAAUCAAGAGGGUUGGGAAUGGGCAUUUGGCUUCGUUGAUGCGAUGGCCAAUGGAAGUUUUGUCCUAG